AGUCAUAAAACCAGAACAGUGAGUUCACUGACAUGGAGCAUUCUAUUUUGUGAACCAUCUUUUGUCUGUUCUGCUCACUUCUGGGGUGUAUCUAGGAUAAGGAGCACAGAGGUAUAGUCUUGUUCCAGCAUGGUUCAGAGUGUAGCUGUGAUAGGCGCUGGCCUCUCCGGUCUGAGCUGUAUCAAAACCUGUCUGGAAGAGGGUUUGCAGCCCACCUGUUUUGAGAGCAGCUGUGACAUCGGGGGAGUCUGGAGAUAUAAGGAGGAGUUUGAGCCGGAUAGGGCCAACAUCUACCAGACCGUGGUCAUUAACAGCUCCAAAGAGAUGAUGGCUUACAGUGACUUCCCUCCUCCAGCCGAACUGCCCAAUAACAUGCACCAUUCUGAGGUCCUGGGGUACCUCCGUCUGUAUGCCGAACACUUCAAACUCCUGCCACACAUUCACUUCAAGACCGCAGUGCAAAAAGUGAGACAGACUCCAGAUUUUGCAUUAACUGGCCAAUGGGAGGUGGACACAGAGAAACAAAAUGGACAGAAGGAGACCCAUGUUUUUGAUGCAGUGAUUGUUUGCACUGGACACUUCACACAUCCUCAUUUUCCACUGAAGGACUUCCCAGGUAUUGAGAAUUUUGAGGGCAGAUAUUUCCACAGCUGGGAAUACCGGAAUACAAAUGGUAUGGAGGGAAAAACAGUGGUGGUGAUUGGGAUUGGGAAUUCUGGGGGUGACAUUGCAGUGGACAUCAGUAGAGUUGCAGAAAAGGUGUAUGUGAGUAGCAGGAGCGGUGCGUGGGUUCUGGGUAGAGUGGGACCAGGGGGGCUUCCCUUUGACAUUAGCUUUUCCCGCAUGGACCAGAUUUGGGGGUCUUUUUUUCCGACCCGUGUCACUAAGAAUGUAGAGAAGAUGCUGAAUGCGCACUUUGAUCACACUUUAUAUGGUCUUCAGCCAACACAUCAUUUUUUUGCACGGAUACCGGUGGUGAAUGAUGAGCUCCCAGCACGGAUCCUUUCAGGACGAAUACGGGUCAAACCAAAAGUCAAAGAGUUUUCUGGCUCCAGUGUUGUUUUUGAUGAUGGCACCAUCAUUGACAAGGUGGAUGUGGUGAUAUUCGCAACUGGGUACAACUACAACUUUCCCUUCCUGCCGCCAGAGUUGCAGAAUAAAAGUGGCUACAGGCUGCGUCUCUACAGGCACAUCAUACCCCCAUCACUUGCACAUCCCACUCUGGCUGUGGUCGGCCUCAUAAAUGCUUUAGGAUCGGUCAAUCCCAUGAGUGAGAUGCAGGGCCGCUGGGCUACAAGGGUCUUCAAAGGCAUCAUAAAGCUACCUUCGGAAGAAACAAUGAACAGAGAAAUAGAGAACGAAACAGAAAUCAUGCACCAGUGGUUUUCCUGCUCAGACCUCAACCCUCUUUAUGUGUUCUUCGUUCCUUAUUUGGACUCUUUGGCUAAGGAGGUCGGCGUGCUUCCCAACUUCCUGUGGCUCUUCCUCACCGACCCCCGUCUGGCUAUGCAGGUCCUCUUUGGCCCCUGCACCCCGUACCAAUACCGCCUGACUGGGCCCGGGCGGUGGAGCGGCGCGCGCCAGGCCAUCCUCAGUCAAUGGGAGCGCAUGUAUGAGCCCUUUAAAACCAGAGUGGUGCCAGAGCCAGAGAAAAAAAACAAGUUUAAACUAAAAGUGUCUGUCAUACUGCCAGGAACUGUGCUGCUGUGUUUCAUACUGUACAAACGACAACUUUUGCCAAAACUUUCAUUGAUGUAAUAUUUUCACACUGCUUUAAUGCCUUUUCGGAAGUCUAAAUGAUAUAAAGUUGUUGUAACUAGACCUAUUGCAAACGACGAGGUUUAAAUCUGUCAGCUGGACAAAUCGUUGUAGGAGUGAAGAUGUUUCGCUGCUCAUCCAAGCUGCUUCUUCAGUUCUGGUCAGAUUACUGGUGGCCACUGCCUUAAAUCUAUCUGAGGGGAGGCUAUUGCUCUGGAUAAGACCUGGACGACUGAUGGUCUACACAGACAACUAGACCUAUUGCUUAAUAAACUGUUUUAACA